UCUUUUCACGUGCCAUUCGGCUCUUAUACUUUUUCAGUUUCUAAUUUCUCUUCUAAAAGUCAAAACAGUCAACAACGGCCAUAUUCCUGACUAGUUUCAGUUAACCAAAGCUAGGGUUUUUUAUUUUAAAACAUCCCCAAAAUCAAAUAACAAAUGAAAGAACAGAGAUUGAAAUGAAGAGAAGAUAUCACGAUAUUAAUCCCAAAGAUCGUUCACUAAUUCCAACUUCAUUCCCUGCAGAGCUAUUCCCAUGGUUCGGAGCCCAGUACCCGACCCGAUUUUCAAUCAAAUCGAGGUUUUCUCCUCCCAAUAAUUCAUUUGUAGCGAAAAUUGUGUUUAAUUUGAACUUCUCUGGCUGUACACAAUGCUAUCAUCCAAAUUCGAGCUUACCUUGAUUAAUUCUUUUUUAACUUUUGUUUGUCUAGACAGAAAGCAUUUUCCUAGAAAUAAUUUCCUUUUAAAAGCCUAAUUGAAAAGAAUUUAAUUAGAUUACCUAAUCGUUUCCCUUUUACUACGACCUUUUCUGUUAAGCGUUUAAAGAAUUUUGUUAUAUUAUGGCUCAAUUUUGAUGGAUUAUCAUAUUCAUGGAUUUGCAGCUGAUGGCCCUAAAACCUCUGAGUUUGCGUUUUUCAAGAAACUGAAAAAAGAUGCCAGCCAAAGUUUUGGCUCUUAUUCGAUGCAUAGGCAGAAAAACCAAUCAAACAAGUUGAAUUUCAGGGAAUUUAGUAGAGUAGUAGGUAGGUUUAAGUCAGAUAUUGCCCUCACUUUAUCAGAAAUUGACUGAUAUCACCUUCUUUUUCUUCAGUGCAUUCAAUUCUCAGUUUUCUUUCUCAUCAUUACAGUUAUGAUAUUCCCUUCUUUACUGUACAGAGGGGACCAAAUUAAUUAGGAACAUCUCUAAGUCCUAGAGGGGACCAACAUUACUAGAAAUUGUUCUAAGGACUUUAGGUCCCCGCCAUCUGCUGACAGAUCACUGUUAACAAUGUUAGCUCUAAGGACUCAAGAUCAUCGUUGCCCAUUAACAAUGUGAUACAUUUCAACUUUGAUUCAUUCCUCUCACCAGUUGACAGAGCUGCAAAUAACUCGGGUAUGCAAUGUACAGCGAAUUCUUAAUUUAUUGUUUGUAUCAAUCCUUUGCUUCAUUGAUUGCUAUCUUUAUCUUUUAACCAUUGCUAUGUAGGUGUGCUUCAAUAGAUAUCAUUUGACUAAUCAUUUGCACCUAGUGAUGUCUGAGUUUGGUGGGUUUUCAGUUUUAAUUUAUUGAUGCAACUAUUACUCUCAGCCGACUCCAAAGUUAUGGGAUGUAAGGGUCUCAGUCGGAUCAAGAAGAAUUAUUUUCUAGAAAGAGACAGAAACUGAGCCAAUGGGCUCAUAACUCUUUUCCUGAGAUAAAGGAACUCCGUUCAAUGGGGUAUGAUCUUAUUUCAAUGCUCCUUAGUCAGCUUUUACCUUGGAGCAAUGAGAAAAAGAGUUGCAGUGCACCUGUGGAGAGCAAUACCAAAACUGAGUUACUUGCCUGCCCUAUGUUUGAUAUUCCUUCCAAGAAACUUUAUUGGUUGCCAAAAAGGAACAUCGUGGAAGUUGAUAUUUGCAGUACUUGGAAAAUGGUACAUCAUCUUAUAGGUCAGACAGAUCUGAGUGGGACCAUGCUCUCUAAUAACUGCUCGCCAACCAAUAGAAAUCGUAGAAUCCCAUCAAAAGAAUUUAAAGUCACCUAGCUGUGAACUAAGAGAGAAAAAUCGGUUCCCCUGUGUCGAAGGUGAGUCCAUUUUUGGCUUUCCAUUUUUGAGACACGGAUCUUUUCCACCAUUUAGUUCUUUAAAAAAGUCAGAUUAUUUUCAUGAUCCAAAUGGAUCUUUGCCUGGAAGAGAGCCACAUUCUCUACUCCUUGAAUGGGUUCUGUAAACAUGAAUGAAAGGAGCUUAUCAGCUACUUGUCACAAUUCAAAUUGGACAAUAGUUCCUGCAGCACGAAGUUCAUGGGAUCAUCAGCAAAAUCUAAAUAAUUGGUGUGAGUCAUUUGGUAUGCUUGGGUUGUGUUCAUCAACUGUACUUGGAAAUCACCCCCAAGAUUUUUAUUCAUUAGUGCCUCCCAAUAGUACCACAUAUGACAAAGAUGAGCUCGGAAGAUCUAUUUUAGAAGAAAAGGUAGACACAGUUGCAAAUUUGAAUCAUCUUCCUUUGACGUUAUCACAUUCAUCAAAGUGCCUUAGUCUAAUUGCAGAUUGCAGUCAUUAUGAAAUAGCAUGUAAAGGUAGUGAGACUAGUGACAUCCUCCUUUCUCCGGGAAAUCACCCUGGCUUCAUGAGCAAGGGUUUAGGUGAGGAGAACAGAACUCCUGGUUUUGGAACUCACGUUUCAUUUGUUCUUGGUGUAGAACGGAAAUGCUUACAAUCAAGUGGUUUAAGGAGAGAGCGAUGCUCAUCUACUUAUAAUGAUCUUCAAUUUCCUCAAAAGGGAACCAUAUGCUCAAACUUUCCUAGUAAAGAUGAAUUUGAGAGUUCCUCAGCUGGUUUGAGUUAUAGAAGCCUUAUGACCAGUGAAGAUAUGCUAGACAUCCAUGACUGGCAACCUUUCUAUUGUCAAGUAUCUUGGGACAAAGAUAAGGCACAUCCCUUGUUGCCUCAUAAAUCAAGUUGGGAGGAUUGCACAGAAGAAACAUAUGAUUGUGAUAGUCAAGUCAAAUGCCUUUGAUGCUUUCUUUGCAUUUCCUUGGGGUUCGUGGGGUUGAAGCCUAAGCAAUGCUGUUAUCUUUUGCUCUUCAGCCAACAAGUAUGGUAGCUAAAUUUGUCAAUCGAAUUGUAAAUGAAUUAAAGUUUUAGGUGGAUAGAGUUCCUUUAUGUAUUUUGGUGAUCUUAAAUAGUUUGUACUGACUAUGAAAAUCGUAGGAUAUAUUGAAGGUAGUUGCACUUUUUUUUUUAAUCUUAUAUUCAGUAUUGUCAUUCUGACUAUGAGAAUCAUGAAGAAUUUUCACUUGUGAAAAAGUUUCUGGUAAUUUACAUGUCCCCAAGAGUCAAUGCCAUGGUUAAAACUGCCUCCAACGACAUGGCCAUAUUCAUAUCUGUUACAGAAGGUGCAGGUCAGAGACAAUCAGACAACACGAGAAACUCAUAGUUUUGCAGCUUAAUUCUGACACUUUCUGUCGAGUGCCUAAGAGCAUGCAGAAGGGAACCAUGAGCAAGCAAAUACUCAAAACUUGAUCUGAGACUGAGAUAGUGCAUCCCCAGGGCUUAUUAAUGACAGUUUGAACUUAUCCCAAGCGAUAGGUUUCGAGGUAAGGAUCGAUGCAUCAUGUUAGGUAGAAUUCUAGGUUUGAUUUUUUGGAUGAAUACAGUCUGGGGUUUAAUGAAUGGUCAAAUGCAUUGUUAGAUCAGUAAUAUCAUCCACAGCAGAAAGAUUAACAAGAAAAGAAACUGUUUUUGUUGCUAGGUGGUAUAUUCCAUUAGUUGGAAUAAAGUCAAGCCAUUUGCAUUCAAGUACUAAUUUGGCGAAAUGAGCAUUCACCCCCACAUCACAAAACACACAGGUUCUGAUUUCUGAAUCUCCUCAGCUCUGAUUUAGCAUCAGCAUAUUAAUGAAAAAAAUGUACAAACUAAAUUCGCCCUAACAAAUCUGCAGAAUCCACGUCUUUACUUUUCUGUCCUCUUUUUGUCUGUGGGAAAACUUUAAAUACAUCA